GAUGUGAACCACAGAAACCCUAACCAGAUGAACGACAUGAACUCCGUCAUAUUUGAGAACCACACCAUUCCUUCUUUCUCUUUUGUCUCUACUCUUCCUUCCUCCCUCCUUCCAUGGCUUCCGUAGCAGCUACACAGUUUCUAUUACACAACGCUCUCUCACGAAGUCACCGAUCGACCAGAUUCUUCGGCCUCCAAAGCCCCACUUCUAGGGCUCUGGUUCUUCGAAUUCGUGCCUCUCAGACUUCAGAGGGGCCUCGCAGGAGCCAGAAAGCACCCCCUGGAGUUGACACAAGGAUCCAUUGGGACAACGAAGAUGAGGGUUGGCUCGGAGGCUCCACUAGUAAUAGUAAACAAUCCAAGCCAGAGGAUGUGCUGGGCCAAAAUUUUGCUGAUUUGAUUUCUGAUUUUUCUGGCUCUCAUUACGAAUUUUUAGGAGUCUCAGCAGAAGCUGAUAUAGAAGAGAUUAAAGCAGCUUACAGGAGAUUAUCAAAGGAAUACCACCCAGACACAACCUCACUCCCUCUGAAAACUGCCUCAGACAAAUUCAUGAAGUUGAGAGAAGUUUACAAUGUCCUGAGCAAUGAAGAGAGGCGGAAAUUUUAUGACUGGACGCUUCUCCAAGAGGCGGCGAGCCGGCAAUCGGAGAAGAUGAAGAUGAGAUUGGAGGAUCCUCGUGAGCAAGAGUUGAAGAGCUGGGAAUCUGUUCCAGACAUGGUUGAUAGGCUUGGAGGAAGGAACAUGAAGCUCAGUGAUCAAGCAGCGACUGCUCUCACUGUUGAUGUUUUCAUCAUUAUUUUUGCCAUUUGCUGCAUCAUUUAUGUAAUAUACUUCAAAGAACCAUAUUACUAGAUUGUUAAUAUCAAAAUUGGUUAACUAAAAUCUAUAAGUAGAAGCUGAAUAUAGCAUCUUAGCCCUGUAGACAAUAUUGUAUCACAAAUUCUUAUAUCAUAAAAUGUACAUUUGAUGCAGUAAAAGUUGAAUAUACAUGUAUAAGAUCCCAGUAUAGGAUUAAAA